AUGAAAUUCGUCAAUAUUUGCACAAUUUUAACAUUUUUUGUGAGCAAUAUUAACUCAGAUCAGCAGAACCUUGACAUUUUCUCAUUACCACAAGUCAAUCACGAGCCAAUUAUUGGAAUUAUGGCAAUUGAUAUGUCUUAUUAUAUUCAAUCAAAAUAUACUGAACAAUAUUUUAGUUUUAUAUCAGCUUCGUAUGUGAAAUUCGUAGAAGGUGGUGGUGCACGUGUUGUGCCUGUUUGGAUUGGAAAAGAACUUCGGUAUUAUGAGGACAUAAUGGCUAAACUAAACGGAAUCCUAUUAACUGGCGGUACUGUUUGGUUUAAUGACAGUGCUUAUGCUGACACUGGAGAAAUAAUUUAUAAAAUUGCUACAAAGCUUAAUGACAAUGGCGACUUCUUUCCACUUUGGGGCACAUGCUUGGGAUUUGAGCUUUUAACUUAUUUGUCAGCAAAUCGAUCUGAACAUCGAGCAAUUUGUUCAUCAACAAAUCAGGCAUUACCUUUGGAAUUUAAAGAAAAUUUCAGAUCUAGUAGAAUGUUUAAGGAUGCGUCGGAUGAAGUCAUAGAAAUUUUAAAGCAUGAAGAUGUGACUUCAAAUUUUCAUGAGUUUUGCGUUACUGAGAAAAAUCUAACAACCUUUAAGAUUGAUAAAGACUGGAGUGUAAUUUCAACCAACAGAGACUGGAAUAAUUUAGAAUUUAUUUCAUCAAUUGAGCAUAAAGCAUAUCCUUUUUAUGGUGUCCAAUUCCAUCCAGAAAAGAAUCUCUAUGAAUGGGUUCAAAACAAAAAUAUUUCGCAUACUGCAAAUGCAAUCAAAGCAUCUCAAUAUUUUUCGCAGUUUUUUGUCAAUCAAGCAAGAAAGAGCAACCAUAAAUUUAAAGACUCAAUGACUGUGGAUUCGUAUGUUAUUUAUAACUUCCCAUUGACAUUCACGGGACUUGUUGGAUCCUCAUACGAGCAAUGUUAUUUAUUUAAAGACAAUGUAGACUACAAUUUUAAAACUAAUGCAGCUAAUCAAAAUAACUUUAUGGUUUUAAUUAUUACAUUAUUAUUUAUAAUUACUAGUUUAAUUCGCUUUUAA